AAAAAGUCUAAAAAUAAUUUUGUAAUUAAACAAAAAUACACAAAUCAUAAUCAUACAAGAGUUAGCAUAAGCUGUGGUGGUCGCUUUCUAUGUGUAAACAUAGGACAGGUUCAACGAUAUUUUCAAGUAUGAGAUAACGACACCGUAUGGUAUCUUUAAUAAGAAAAGUCCUAUAGAAUGUCAAAGAAAAAAAACUCCGCAGGUGUCUCCCCAGUCCGCUUGACGCAUCUAACACCACAGACAGGUGACAGUGAGUACUUCAACACUACAAGAUCAGACCACACCUACUGCACAAUCGACACGCCCACCAACGGAACGCACGACAAGCAUGAUGACCCGGAAUCUUAUCCGUUUCCGGUUCGUCAAUCGACUACCAUUCGCAAUUUAAAUAAUCACCAAUCACCUGUCUACCAAAAUCUACUGACCCCGUACGCAAGAUCUUCAUCUAACAGCAAUUCAACAAAACAAUGUUGUUUUAGAAAGCGUUGUCUUAUAAUAAUCAUAAUAGUGUCUUUAAUCACGAGCUUAACAACGGUAGGAUGGAUGAGUUUUAAGUAUACUGAAACAAUGAUGUAUGAGUUAUCACGUGGAGUUGGAUCACAUGAGACCUGUGUUGAAUGUCAGCGUUUGAGAGAAGACAGCGAUGUAGUGCUGUUGGAGCGUUUAAGUCAGAGGGUAGUCAACAGCACGACAAUGUGCUGUGCUGUGACCGCUGGUCAGAUGUCCGCGCUUAUACAGCUGAUGUCAAUUAGAGAAGACAGGAUCAGAAGUUGGAAUGAAGCAAACAGAAAAAGGUUCAUAUUUAUUCCAGUUAGUGCGCAUGUGAAUGUGGCUAGUUUGACUGAAGAAGUGAAAGGAGAAUCAAAUGUAGCCAUUCGUACUCCGUCUAAUCGUGACAAAGGGAGCACAUACUCAAGGGGGGUAACCAUCUACAACAACUCUGUAUUAAUACGUCACUCUGGCACUUACCUGGUCUAUGUGAGUCUGUUACUUGAGUCUGAGAACAAUACAAACUGUUCUCGCGAGAAGACGAGAGUCGCCAUCACAAGAGUAAGGGGCAAGACUAGAACUUGUUUGAUGGAGAUGUUCUACAUAGAUGAGUUGUGCCUCGGCACAUAUCAAACUCUCUACUCUUCAGGAGUGUUCCGCUUAUUGGAAAAGGACCAGAUUUUUGCAAAUCUUUCAGGAAAAGCUAAAGUAAAGGAUGGUCAGAAAUUAUCAUUUCUUGGAUUGGCAAUGUUGCGUUCUAAUUAGUUGAAUAUACAUAUAUUAAGAUUUAAAUUUGUAAAUACUGUAAAUAAUAUAUGAACUUUUGUUUUAUACCAAACUGAUAUGUUGAUAUAAUGUGUAAUAAUAUGAUUUUACAAGCUUGUAUUUAACUUGCUUCCUCAUGCUAUUGUUUUUAGACUUGCUUUGUAGUGGAUCAAAACUGGCAAGAAACUAUC